GAGUUAUUAUCUCUAUCCAUAAUAAUAUAAUACAACAUUAUCGAUAAAUUACAUAAUGCUAACUCUUGCCAUUGGAGAUUUAUAUAUUCCCGAAAGGUCUGUAGAUCUACCUGUUAAAUUUCGGAAAUUAUUGAGUCCUAACCCUAAUUCAAUUCCUUCCAAUAAUAAAAUAGCUGAAGUUGUAUGUUUAGGGAAUAUUAUAAAUUCUAAUGAUACAUUGAAGUUUUUAUAUAAUUUAUCACCAUCAUUUAAUUUAGUUAAGGGAGAAUUUGAUGAUUCACAUAUUUUAUCUCAACAAUUACAUUCUAUAAGUCAUAAAGAAACUCCAAUACCUUUAUAUAAUGUUAUUGUUCAUGAUAAUUUAAGAAUUGGUUUUACAAAUGGUUAUCAAAUAGUUCCUAAGAAUGAUCCAUUGGCCCUUCUGAAUGUAGCAAGGGAAAUUGAUGUAGACAUUCUUAUUUGGGGUGGAACUCAUAAAGUUGAAGCUUAUACUCUUGAUGGUAAAUUCUUUGUUAAUCCUGGAAGUGCUACUGGUGCAUAUACGUUUGAUUGGCCCGAGCAUGAUGAAGUUCCUGAAGAGGAGGAAGAAGAAGAAGAAGAAGAAGAAGUAGAAGAACAACAUCAACAAGAGAAGGAGGGACAAGAGAAAGAGGUCAAUGAAGAAGAAAAUAAAUUGCCAGAAGGUGAAGUAGAAGAUAAUAACAAUGAAAUAUUAGCGAAUAAAGAAGGGAAAGAAGAUGAAGAAAAGGUUGAAGAUGAAACGGUAAAAGAAACAGGUAAAGAUUCAUUAUUUGGUAAUCAAGAGGAACCGACAAUAAAUCAGACCUCCGAUCCAUUAACAAAUAAUAUUGAUGUUGAUAUCUUGAAUGAAGUCAUUGAGUCAGAUACUAUAAUUCCUUCAUUUUGUUUACUUGAUACUCAAGGUUCAACUUGUACUUUAUAUAUAUAUACUUAUUUGAGUGGAGAGGUUAAAGUUGAUAAAGUGACGUAUACAAAAGAAUAACAAUAAAUAAAUAAAUAAAUAAUCAAAUAUA